AUGCCCUAAGCGGAAGGAAAAGAGAGGUUAGCGUCACUUGCAACUUGUCUUUAUAUGUGGUCAGUGUGCUGUUUACAAAAGUUUCCGAUUUCCGUCACGAUACGAUUCAGAUAUGGCAGCGAUUCUGAAGCAUAAAUACAUGCCGCGCACAGCCCUCACUGAGGACUUUGCGCUGCCCACCACAAUCCAACAGAUUGCCCAGGUAAUGGGGACUAAAGGAAGUAAUUUGCAUGAAGUGCGAACAGCCGAAGGGGACGUUAUUCUAGUCUCUCUGCCUUCGAGGUUCCGCAAGCUAACGUGGGUGAAAUGGGGCUACUAUGUCCUAGUGGAGCCCAUAGCGGAGGGAAAGAAAGUCAAAGGGGAAAUUGUCAAGGUUUUGUCCAAGGAGCAUAUCGCCUACUUGCAAGAGGAGGGAGUGUGGCCCAAUAGUUUUACGGAGCAGCGCAAGCAGGAAGAGGAAAAACAGCCCGCCUCGGAUUCUGAAGACGAUCUUUGGAGAAACCCCAAUCGGCCGGUUUUGACUUAUGCGGAGUCAAGUGAAUCAGAUUCUGAGAGCUCAAACGAUGAGGACAGCUCUGAAUGUGAAAACUGUUCCUCCGAGGAUGAGGAGGAAUAGUUUAUGUGCUGUGAUUUACAGGAUUAAUUGAAUUAAAAUUCUAAGGAUGUAAAGCAUUGAGUAGCCGGCGAGUAGGCCUUAAACGCGCUUUUCGGAUAACAUAUUUAUAUUUUUUGUACUAUAAUUAUUAGGAUUUGGAUCGCUUUAUCAGAAUAAACAACUGAUUGAACCAAUGUUAA